CGAUCAGUGCCACAGCAGUGCCACCUGUCAGUGUCCAUCAGUGCCAGCUGUCAGUGCUCAUCCAUGCCACCUGCCGGUGCCCAUCAGUGCCACAUCAAUGCCACAUUUCAGUGUCUACCAGUGCACAUCAAUGCCACAUAUCAGUGCCCAUCUGAGCUGCCUUUCAAUGCCACCCAUCAGUGCCAGUCAGUGCCACUUAUCAAUGCCAGUCAGUGCCACCUAUCAGUGCUGCCAAUCAGUGCCACCUAUCAGUGC